AUGGUCGACACAAAGGUCGAAGACCGCGCCAUCAAACUUUCCCGUGAAGCCGUCGAGCUGAUAGAUGCCGGCCACAAAGAGGCCGCAUCCCGAAAUCUCCGAGAAGCCCUCUCUCUGGCCCCUCAGAAUGACGAGGUCAAGGCUGCUUUCCUAAAGAUCCGCAGCGAGGAGGAAAACGGACACCCUCUCUUGGAUCUAUGCCGCCGAUAUGUGAGCGAGAAGAUUGAAGAAGCCGGCAAAGAGGCCGCGCGCUAUCUUCGUGCCGAUGGAUUCAAGCCGCCAGAGAACGUCUCCCUCGAGUGUCUGAACCUCAUCCUGACUCACAAUGCCGAAUCCUUAUCCACGACUCAAGACGACAUCAUUUCCGGCCUUGUUCGACAGAAUCUCGGUGUGCGACAGCUCUUUUCUGCCCGGCUCCAGGUCUCCGUGACAACUUUUUUUGAUGAAAUCUACCAUCGGGGCGAUGGUGCUGUCGUCUGUCUCGAUUCCGUCGUUCUCGAUCCUACAUUGUGGCCGUCCGAAGAUGUGCGUUCGCACUGCGAAAGUGAACUCUUUCAGUUAUUUAUUGCCAAAUUGAUGGAGUCCGGCCAUGAUCUGGACGGCCGCUCUCUCAAGGGAAUCACAAGGCUCCUAGCUGUCAAUGCAGAGAAACUGCAGCAUCUCAUAGACGACGAAGGUUUUGACGUCAUAUUAUCAUCGCUCGACUACAGGCUUCCGAUCGAUGUCCGGAGUCAGGCUACUCUGGCAACGGCAAAGUAUCUCGAAGUAUCCAAAGAUGUCGGCCGGGAACGCUUUUCGCGCUUGAUCGCAGCCAAGGUCGCCAAUGCCCGCAAUGAUGACCUGAUCGCUGCUUUCUCUGCUGCCGCUGCCGUCUUCCCCGUCGUCCCUGCAGUCACCUCAUCACUGUUUCUGACCGACGGGUUUCUGCAGUCUGUGGUCCCUCUUCUCCAUCGUGAAGCAAAGUCCCCCAAAGUUGAAGUUGCCCUUCUCGAAUUGUUCAACGCUGCCUGUUUGGAUCGCACGUGUCGGGAAGCAAUAGAAAAGAAUUGUGGUGAAUGGCUUUCCCACAUUCUUUCCAAUGGAACAGACGCGAGCUCUGAGCUAGCUGCUGUUGUGUUGGCCAAAGUAAGAGCAUCCGAGAAACAUGACGGCUCUGAGUCCAAUGGUAAAACCCAUGAAGACGACACCAGCGUCCAGCGACUUGUCGAUCGCUUCAAGAGCCAGUCAUUAAACUUCCAUGUUUCUAGUUUCAGCAAUCUGAUCGAGGGUCUGGCCUUUUCUUCCAUGAAGCCAGAAGUUAAGGAGCAGCUCACACACGACCCAAUAUUUUUAAAGGGUCUUUUUGAUGUAUUAACUUCGAACCUGGAAGACACGUCGUUGCUAUACGGAGGGCUAAUGAUCAUCGCCAAUCUUACGAGAUAUUUACCAACCCUAUCAGAAGAACAAAGGAAAAUGUCCGAGCUCAAAGCCUAUGCUGAAGCGUCCAAAGCAUCUGCUACCUCCCACACACUCGAUGACGAUGAACAUGUCAUGGCACGCUGCAAUACCCUUAUUGACGCGAAAAUCAUGUCUUUACUCAACGAAUGCGGUAAAUCGGGUUUGAAAUCCAUUCACGACCUUACCAGCAAGAUAAUUCUGGCUUUAUCCAAAAACCAGAAGUACCGCGGUAAACUCGCUCAACAAGGAUGUGUCAAGCUUCUCCUCUCCAUUCUAGGACCAAAGAGUGGUAGUCCCGUUCCAACUUUCAACGAAACUACGCAAAAUGCUUCCCAUGCGCUGGCUCGCAUCCUCAUCUCGGUCAAUCCAUCUCAUGUUUUCCCCUUUUCCGGGUUUCCUCAAAUCACAUCCGCCAUCAGGCCCUUGGUAGCCCUUCUCUCGCCAUCACAGGUUUCAUUUUCUGUCGACCAGCCACGAGACCUUCUUCCAGUAUUCGAAAGCCUCUUGGCUCUUACGAAUCUUGCGUCUUCUCCCGACAGUACCGCGGCGGAAUCCAUCGUACGGCAGGCAUGGGAUGUUUUAGAAGAUCUCUUGCUUUCUACAAAUACGUUUAUUCAAAGAGCCUCGUGUGAGCUUAUUUGUAACCUGAUGACUUGUGAAUCCGGGGUCGUGAAGUUCGCCGACGGAUCUAAGCGUGCCUCGCAACGUUUGCAUAUUCUUCUUGCUCUUACCGAUGUUGAUGAUAUUGCCACGAGGAGGGCCUCCGGUGGAGCCCUCGCCAUGCUUACCGAGUACGAUGCGGCGAUUGCUGCUGUUCUGGAACGGCCGCGUGGUGUUAAUCUGCUCUUAAGUUUGUGCGGGGAGAGCAACGAUGAUCUCGUCCAUCGCGGGAUUGUUUGCAUUCGUAACUUGACAUGUACCGCUUCGGGGGACAUUGGCAGUCGAGCACGAGAUGCAGUGAGACAAAACAACGGAAUCGACACACUUCAGAACUGUCUCAAGCGUUGUUCCAACCCAUCCAUUUUGCAAGCGGGAGUAGAAGCGCUGAAACCAUUAGUGGAACAGGCUGCAGGCUAG